UACUGACACUUCAAAAUGAAGACAUAAUUUUGACCUUAUACUUAUUUUUUAUCUCCUUAGGGUCCACUUUCAUUUGUAAUACUCAUAUAAUUCCAGUUAAAAACCAAGAGGGCGUGGCUAUGAUGUUCAUCAUUAAUUUUGAGUAUGUGAGAGAUGAAGAAAAUGCUGCUUCACCAGAGAGGGUAAAUCCAAUAUUACCAGUCAAAACUGUAAACCGGAAACUUUUUGGGUUCAAAUUCCCUGGUCUGAGAGUUCUCACUUACAGAAAGCAGUCUUUACCACAAGAAGAUCCUGAUGUGGUAGUGAUUGAGUCAUCUAAACACAGUGAUGACUCCGUAGCCAUGAAGCACUUAAAGUCUCCAACAAAAGAAAGCUGCAGCCCCUCGGAAGCAGAUGACACAAAAGCCUUGAUACAGCCCAGCAAAUGUUCCCCCUUGGUGAAUAUCUCUGGACCUCUUGACCAUUCCUCUCCCAAAAGGCAAUGGGACCGACUCUACCCUGACAUGCUGCAGUCAAGUUCCCAGCUGACUCAUUCCAGAUCAAAGGAAAGCAUUUGUAGUAUACGGAGGGCUUCCUCAGUUCAUGAUAUAGAAGGAUUCAGUGUCCAUCCCAAGAACAUAUUUAGAGAUCGACACGCCAGUGAAGGUAUGUUAGUAAUUUUUUUAAUAUGGAAACUUAUAUUAAGGGGUAAGGAAAGAUAAUUUCUGUAUUGUGUUUAAUUUCAACAUUAAUUCUUAUACUUGUGAAAAAGAAAUGUGAGUAGAUCUAUUAAAAAUAUCAGUUCUACAGAAUUGUUACUGAUUUCCUCCUUGAAUCCUAG